UCUAUCUUCGGUUUCAAACCGGCAUCUGCAGUUCCUUCCUACACAUUGCAUGCUGUAUAAUGAGUAAAGAAAGAGAGUAAUAAGAGUUCACAGAUUUAUAUUUUAUUAGAAUGAUUUAACUUUCAAUUAUGUUAUUGUUUUCCUGCAGAUGGCACCAGAGUUUCUGCCUCCACUCCAAUGUAUGUUCUGCUAACAAAUAACUUUCAAUUAGUUAUUAAUGAGACAAAGUAUUCUGUAAUACCUCCGAAAAAAGACCAUGUGAGCAGCGAGCAGUCUACAGAGAUGGACAGUGUGAAAGACCAGAUCCAAAGGCUUUAUGUGGCGUUACAUGUAGAAAAUCACCAGCUCAUCAGAGAACAGGAACUCCUGGAGAAACUGGAAGAGCUAAACGACCAGCGACAAAUUAUUGAACAGACGAGGUUGCAGUUAUAUCUGAAAGCUGAAGCUAAAUCCAGUCGAUUCAUGUGGACAGCUUUGGGUCUGAUGGCCACUCAAGUUGGAGCAUUUGCUUGGCUAACAUGGUGGGUCUACUCCUGGCACAUCAUAGAGCCCGUCACCUACUUCAUCACAUAUGGGAGUUCUUUGGCCUUUUACGCAUACUUCCUCAUCACAGGGCUUUUUGAUGUUCUUACAAGAAGUCCCUGGAAGCCGCCUCGGAGAAGGGACGGUGAACGCCUUGUCUCAGUUGCUUGCCCUCUGGAUCCGGACAACGUUCAAACCAAGAGGGAUACGUGA